AUGAAGGUUUCCCGUGUCGUUGCCCUCGUCCUAGGGGCCGUCAUCCCUGCCCAUGCCGCCUUCACAUGGAAGAACGUCAAGCUCGGCGGCGGCGGCGGCUUCGUCCCCGGCAUCGUCUUCCAUCCCAAGACAAAAGGCGUAGCAUAUGCGCGGACGGACAUUGGCGGGCUGUACCGCCUCAACGCCGACGAUUCAUGGACCGCCGUCACGGAUGGAAUCGCUGAUAACGCCGGUUGGCACAACUGGGGCAUAGACGCCCUUGCGCUUGAUCCGCAGGACGAUCAAAAGGUGUAUGCCGCAGUCGGCAUGUAUACGAACAGCUGGGACCCCAGCAACGGAGCCAUCAUCCGCUCGUCAGACCGCGGCGCUACGUGGUCCUUCAGCAACUUGCCCUUCAAAGUCGGGGGCAACAUGCCAGGACGCGGAGCGGGAGAGCGUCUGGCUGUGGACCCGGCCAACUCCAACAUCAUCUACUUUGGUGCUCGGUCAGGAAACGGCCUCUGGAAGUCCACCGACGGCGGCGUCACCUUUUCCAAGGUCUCGUCGUUCACGGCAACCGGGACGUACAUACCAGACCCAACCGACUCGAGCGGCUACAACAGCGAUAAGCAGGGGCUCAUGUGGGUGACAUUCGACUCAACCAGCAGCACGACCGGGGGAGCCACGUCUCGCAUCUUUGUUGGCACGGCUGAUAACAUCACCGCCUCGGUCUACGUGAGCACCAAUGCCGGCUCCACGUGGAGCGCUGUGCCUGGACAGCCGGGAAGAUACUUUCCUCACAAGGCCAAACUGCAGCCAGCAGAGAAGGCGUUGUAUCUGACGUAUUCCGAUGGCACAGGGCCGUAUGACGGAACGAGCGGCUCGGUAUGGAGGUACGAUAUCACAGCUGGGACUUGGAAGGAUAUCACUCCGGUCUCUGGAUCGGAUCUGUACUUUGGCUUUGGCGGUCUUGGUCUUGAUUUGCAGAAGCCGGGAACCCUUGUUGUUGCCUCCCUGAACUCUUGGUGGCCAGACGCUCAGCUGUUCCGGUCCAUCGACUCUGGGACGACGUGGAGCCCCAUCUGGGCGUGGGCGAGCUAUCCGACGGAGACGUAUUACUACAGCAUCUCGACCCCCAAAGCUCCGUGGAUCAAGAACAACUUUAUCGAUGUGACCAGCGAGUCGCCCUCUGACGGACUCAUCAAGCGCCUGGGCUGGAUGAUUGAGUCGCUCGAGAUCGACCCGACCGACAGCAACCACUGGCUCUACGGAACCGGCAUGACAAUCUUCGGCGGCCACGACCUGACGAACUGGGACACAAAACACAACGUGUCCAUCCAGUCGCUGGCGGACGGCAUCGAAGAAUUCUCCGUCCAGGACCUGGCCUCUGCCCCCGGCGGAAGCGAGUUGUUGGCAGCAGUAGGAGACGACAACGGCUUCACCUUUCCGACCAAGAACGACCUCGGUACCUCGCCGCAGACGGUCUGGGCAACUCCCACAUGGGCCACCUCUUCUAGCGUCGACUACGCCGGCAACUCGGUCAAGAGCGUCGUCCGCGUCGGCAACACCGCCGGCACGCAGCAGGUCGCCAUCUCGUCCGACGGCGGCGCGACCUGGAGCAUCGACUACGCGGCCGACACCUCCAUGAACGGCGGCACCGUGGCGUACUCGGCCGACGGCGACACGAUCCUGUGGUCGACCGCCUCGUCUGGCGUGCAGCGCUCGCAGUUCCAGGGCAGCUUUGCCGCCGUCUCCAGCCUGCCCGCCGGCGCCGUCAUCGCCUCGGACAAGAAGACCAACACCCUCUUCUACGCCGGCUCCGGAUCGACCUUUUACGUCAGCAAGGACACCGGCAGCAGCUUCACGGCCGGGCCCAAGCUGGGCGGCGCGGGUGCCAUUCGGGACAUUGCCGCCCAUCCGACAACCGCGGGCACCUUGUACGUCUCUACCGACGUGGGCAUCUUCCGCUCCACAGACUCGGGCACGACCUUUACCCAAGUUUCCACCGCUGUGACAAACACGUACCAAAUUGCCCUUGGUGUCGGCUCCGGCUCGAACUGGAAUCUGUAUGCCUUUGGGACCGGUCCGUCAGGGGCUCGCCUCUACGCCAGUGGAGACAACGGCGCCUCCUGGACGGACAUUCAAGGCUCCCAAGGCUUCGGCUCCAUCGACAGCAACAAGGUCGCCGGCAGCGGCAGCGUCGCCGGGCAAGUAUACGUGGGCACCAACGGCCGGGGCGUGUUUUAUGCUCAGGGAACGGUCAGCGGCGGCACAGGUGGCGCAAGUUCCUCCUCGACCAAGCCGAGCAGCAGCGCCUCUUCCGCCAGGACGAGCACCACGCUGAGGUCGAGCGUUGUGUCUACGACCCGGGCUUCGACUGUGACAUCGACGAGGACCAGCUCCUCGGCCGGGCCUACAGGUACAGGGCUCGCCGGUCACUAUGCUCAGUGCGGAGGGAUCGGGUGGACUGGGCCGACGAAAUGUGUGGCGCCGUAUACCUGCCAGAAGCAGAAUGACUAUUACUCCCAAUGUGUUUGA